AUGCAAUUCUUCAAAUUCUUACAAACCUUAGCGUUGAUUGCUAUCCUCUAUGUUGUAAUUGCUGCAAGUCAACCUCUUGAUACACCAGCUUACAAUAAACGUCACGAAGUUAAACGUCACAAUCAUCUAUCAUUUAACAAACGUCACCAUAAUCCAGAUCAUCCAGUUAAACGUCACCAUCAUCCAGAUCAUCCAGUCAAACGUCACCAUCAUAAACGUCAAGAAAAAUGUACUAAUGAUGAUCCAAGUAACGAAUCAGAUAAUUUUGCCGUAAAAUCUUGUAAUCUAUCUGACGGUACUCCUUAUAUUGAACCUGUUAAAUCUUAA